GUCCAGCCCAAACACAGUUCUGGACACACGAACAUCGGAACAUUCGCAAGAUUGGUGACCCAGUGUCACCCGAAACCCUGCGGCGGCGACCGGCUGUCCGGUGACCGGUGGCCAUGGACUAUACCCUCGCGGCGCUGAAGAUCUUCGGCUCCCAGCUCGCCAGUUGCACCGAGGCGCCGUGCUCUGAGGGUUGCUCUGCCGCGCAGAUGCUCUCCGGCAUCCGCUUCCAGCGCGCCUGGGUCCAGCGGCAGGGUAUGAUCCUGUCAACGGACUACAACGAAUCCGGUGGAGGGCGCUUGUUGCUGGAUGAUGGGUCCUGCGUCGCCAACCUUUUCGUCUUGCCAAGAGAAGCAGAGGGCCGGUUCUGGCGGCCAGGGAUGUAUGUAAUGGUUAUUGGUGCAUACAUUGCAGCAGAGUCCAGGGACAAUUAUCCAUCUAUCAAGGUGCAUAAGAUGGUGGACCUCUCUUCUCAGCCAGAUCGUGAAGCAAUGUGGUACAUGGAAGUAGCUGAGGCUUACAGCUUAUUUUACUUGCCAUUCUCAGUCGCUGCUAGUCCCCCUCCCUCAUCCUGAGCCCUUCUAUCCAGUUGCUUUGACACCUUGCUUAUUAGCUGUAAUUGCUCUAAGCAACUCCUAAAUAUUUAGUGAUCCUGGUUUGUAUCACCACCGUUGCACUAAUCCAGAUAUAAAUCACCAUGCUAAACAGCUCAUCAUGAGCAUGAUCUAGCUAAUCAUGCUUACGUUUA